UAGCAGUAGUACAGUGUUAUCCAGUUGGGCGGCUGGAAGAAGAAGUAGUUUUCAUUUCCGUGCCCUAAUUUGAUCCAUGGCGAUGAAGAAUCUGCUUAUCUUCCUAUCAGCGUUACUCGCUGCACUUCUUGCUGUCUUCUUGGUUCCAACAACUACUACUGAAAGGUGGUGGAGUUUGAAAUCACGGUUGUCGUCUUCUUUGGAGGUUGCUGAUCUUGUGGUAACAAAUGCAGUUAUCUACACAAGUGAUUCGUCACUUCCGUUUGCACAAGCUAUGGCUAUACGCAAUGGUCGCAUUAUCCGAAUUGGUACUCACUCUUCUGUUCAGGAUUUACUAAGACUUGGAACUAAAGUGAUUAAUCUUAAUGGAAAGAUUGUAGUUCCAGGUUUUAUAGAUUCACAUGUGCACUUCAUUUCUGGAGGCUUACAGAUGGCGCAAGUUGAACUCUAUGGCGUCAAUAACAAAGACGAGUUUAUUCGAAAGAUUAAAGAAGCUGUACGAGAUAAACAACCAGGUUCAUGGAUAUUAGGUGGUGGUUGGAACAACGACCAGUGGGGAGGGGAUUUGCCGAUUGCAUCGUGGAUUGAUGAAAUUACACCUAACAAUCCCGUUUGGCUGUCACGCAUGGAUGGUCAUAUGGGCUUAGCAAAUUCAUUUUCUCUAACGAUGGCUGGAAUAACUAAUUACACACAAGAUCCAGUGGGUGGAACUGUCAUGAAAACCGCUGAUGGAGAACCAACAGGCUUGUUGAUUGAUUCUGCAAUGAAGCUUCUUCUGUCAAUUAUUCCUGAGGUGUCAGUAGAUGAUAGGAGGGAUGCACUGGUAAGAGCGAGCAAGUUUGCACUUACAAGAGGAGUGACAACAGUGGUUGAUUUUGGGAGAUAUUUUCCUGGAGCAGAAGUAAAAAAUGUUUGGGAUGAUUUGUCAGAUGUAUAUCAAUGGGCAGAUUUUAAGGGAAAAAUGCUGAUCCGAGUUUGCUUAUUUUUUCCAAUGGAGACAUGGUCACGUUUACUUGAUCUUAUCAACAGAACAGGUCGGGUUUUAAGCCAAUGGAUUUAUCUAGCUGGUGUUAAGGCUUUUUCUGAUGGCUCCUUGGGUUCCAACAGUGCUCUUUUCUAUGAGCCUUACAUGAAUGAACCUGACAAUUAUGGUCUUCAAGUGACACAAAUUGAUUCUCUUUACAACAUGACACUGGCAUCGGAUAAAUCAGGACUUCAGGUUGCAGUUCAUGCUAUUGGUGAUAGAGCAAAUGAUAUGAUAUUAGACUUGUAUGAAUCAGUGGCAUCUUCAAAUGGAAGGAGAGACCGAAGAUUCAGGGUCGAACAUGCACAACAUCUGGUACCUGGAACAGCCGCCCGAUUUGGUGAACAAAGGGUCAUUGCUUCAGUUCAGCCAGAUCACCUGUUGGAUGACGCCGGUUCUGCGGAGAAGAAGCUUGGUUUGGAAAGGGCUGUAACAGGAUCAUAUAUGUUUGGGUCACUCUUAGCUGGCAACACAAUUCUAGCCUUUGGUUCUGAUUGGCCAGUGGCAAAGAUUAAUCCACUGGGUGCAAUAAAAACUGCAAUGAAGAGAACACCUCCUGGUUGGGAAGAUCCGUGGAUUCCAUCGGAGUGUGUUACCCUAACCGAUGCUUUAAAAGCGUCCACUAUUUCAGCUGCCUAUGCCAGCUUCCUUGACAAUGACUUGGGAUCUUUAUCUCCUGGAAAGUUUGCAGACUUUGUUGUGCUUUCCACCAACUCAUGGAAUGAAUUGGAAACAGAUAUAUCAGCAUCUGUUGAGGCCACAUAUGUCGGCGGUAUACAAGCUUACCCAGAGUUGGAAUCUGACAUCUAACAAAUUCUUCUGCAAAAGUGGGAAGUGCUUCAUUUGUUAUUCAAGGAUUGAAAAAUUAGUAACUAUUACUUCAUUAUUUAACCUUAGCGGACUCUUUACAUGAAAAAGAAGAGAUGUAGGUAGGAGAAAAUGAUUAAUGAAUGCAAUUAUGGUAAAAGCUUGUGAUGGUGUGAA